ACCCCGGCAGCGGGCACAGCAGGCUUUUGUUUGGACAUUCCGUCGAAGGUGAAAAUUUUUCCCUCAAACUUUGGCACUAGCGGUUGUGGAAAAUUUUCGUGUUCCGUUAAUUGGCGAACAAAUUGAAGAGUAUUUUUUGAAAAUGACAACGUUGGAUCAAAAACGUGAAGCCUUUCGGAAGUAUCUGGAAUCGGCCGGAGCCAUCGAUUGCCUCUCGAAGGCACUGAUAAAACUCUACCAGGAAGAGCAAAAACCGGAAGAUGCCUGCAAGUUUAUUCGGCAAAUCAUGUGCGAAGCAUGCCCCACUGAUGAGCAAGUAUCGGAAAUGGCUCAAGAUUUGGAAAAUGCCAAGCAAAAAAUAUGCUGUCUAGAGAGGGAAAUUACCUCAAUGAAGGGCGAAAUCCGUCGAACACCCAGCGAAAUCGACUUGCUCCUAACGAAUGGAUUCAAGGAGCUAGGGGAAGACGAAGCUUGCCAGUCUCUGCUGAAAAAACACCUCACCGAGGAAAUUUUAGAAGAACUGAAAACCAAGAAAACUACGCUUAAAUCUACUCUGCUAGACUGCAUUCAGUCUGGGUUAGACAAUCACGACUCGGGUGUUGGCGUGUACGCAGCGGAUGCCGAAUGUUACGAACUGUUCGGGGCCCUGUUCAAUCCGGUCAUAGAGGAAUAUCAUGGCGGUUUCACAGCCGAAGCUCAGCACCCGGCCAGCGAUUGGGGCGAUGCGACCACCUUCGAGGACUUGGAUCCCGAUGGUGAUUACAUCAUUUCGACGCGAGUUCGUUGCGGUCGUUCCAUCGAGGGUUUUCCGUUUAAUCCAUGCCUUAAAAUGGCACAGUACGAAGAGAUUAUGGGGCGCGUCAAAUCGGUGCUAGAAGGUAUCGAAGCGGAUGAUUUGAAGGGAGCAUUCCACCCGCUAGAGAGCAUGACCAAGGAGCUGCAGCAGCAGUUAAUAGACGAUCAUUACCUGUUCAAGGAAGGUGAUAGAUUCCUGCAGUCGGCCAACGCGUGCCGCUUUUGGCCCAUCGGAAGGGCGAUUUUCAUCAACGAGAUGAAAACUUUUGUGGUUUGGGUGAACGAGGAGGAUCACCUGCGAAUUAUAUCGAUGGACGCCGGUGGGGAUUUAGGGGCCAUCUAUCAGCGGUUGAUCAACGCAGUAGAAAUCUUGGGUAAGGACAUUGCAUUUUCUCGGGCUGACCGGCUUGGCUAUCUGACGUUUUGUCCUUCGAAUCUGGGUACGACUAUACGUGCUUCGGUGCACAUUAAACUUCCCAACUUGGGUUCGAACCGUGGUGUGCUGGAGGAGACGGCAGCCAAGUAUAAUCUGCAGGUGCGUGGUACUCGUGGCGAACACACCGAAUCGGAAGAAGGGGUAUUCGACAUCUCUAACAAACGACGACUGGGACUGACAGAGUUCGAAGCCGUCAAGGAGAUGUAUGACGGCAUCCGCGAAUUGAUAGAACUGGAGAAGACAACCGAACCAGGAGAGGGAGGAUCAGCAAAGGAAUCUGUGAAAGGAUCAGUUGCGGAUGAACCAUCUGCCGGUGAAGAGUAGUGAGUGACGCCAUCAACCGAUCGGCAACACUCUAUCGCAAACAGACAAUAUUAACCUGAGGCAAUCGGCUUAAACGCGUCAGCAAUCGUUUUUUCUUCUCCCAUCAGUAGGAAUCAAAAUCAAAUGUAGAUUUGUUUAUAUUCGCCUUUGCUAUGUAGCAAUUUAUUGUCGCCCUCAGUGCCUCCACACAAUAAACGAGACAUUGAAAAUUGA